AUGCCAGAUUUACUGUACCAAAAACCAUUUACAAAUAACGAAUAUUUAUUAGUGAAUAGUAUUAUCAGCGAUAGAUUUUCCUUUAGUCGUUCUGAUUCAACGGGUGGUAACGGUAGUAAUAAUGGAACGGAACCACCGUCACCACGUGGUAGUACUGAUGCUGGUGCACCAGCUGGUUUUCCACGAGUAUUACCGUCACCUGGUGUGGAAGCAUUACCUCAAACAGUGGGGCGUAGACGUAGUACGUGGGAAGCGGUACCACAAGGUAUACCAGCACGGCGGCCAGGAUCAUUUCGACGACAACAACCGCCAGCACCACCGGUAGAACCACCUCAGCCAGACUUUUAUAUUCGAAGAAUAUCAUGGCCAGACGUUGAUGUAUCGGCUGUUUCUGGUGUCCAUGAAAUAGAUGGCUCGUAUUUUGAAAAUAUUAAUGGUGUAAGUUGGGAACAAGAAACACGUCGUGAAACCGCACGUAGAGAUUUUAAAGCAAGUUUUAGUGAAGCGCAACCACCAUCAACAGGACCGUCACGUGAUGGAGCACCAGAUGAUUUUUUAUCCACGAAAGAACGUGAUCAAUUAUAUGUUGAAAUGCUGUAUACAAUUGCAAAUGCGGUUGGUGCCCCAGUCACUUCUGAUGGAAAUUACAAAGAAGAAUUGUACCUUUUCGGUCAAGAAGCUUUUGGAAUAAGCUCUGAUCAUCAUUAUCGAAUGUUACAUGCAGCUGGUGAAGAAAAACCACCCAUUGUCGUUUUAAGUGUUGUAGUUGUAGAAGCUGAAGGGUUGGAAGCAAAAGAUGCCAAUGGAUUCAGUGAUCCAUAUUGUAUGUUAGGUAUACAACCAGUAUCAAACUCUCCCGGCCCACAACCAUCACCAAUUGCAAACCGUGCACUAAGUGAAGGUGGUUAUGGAAGCCAAACAUUAUCGAGCUCAAAUCAUCCAGAAUUAAGAAAGCAUCAUAGUUUUCGUUUGAGUUUCAAAAGAAGGGAUGGCGCCGGUAGUGAUCGGCCAGAUGGCAGUCCUGGAACAGGGAGAACUAUGCCAACACCUCGUGCUCAACGUGAUAGUUUAGGUGCUGCUCAACAAUUACCAGCAAAAUUUAUUCGAGCUACUUCAGUUCGACCACAUACUUUAAACCCUAGAUGGAAUGAAAAAUUUCGAUUUGAUAUAGAUGAUGUGUCAAGUGAUUCACUUCAUUUGGAUAUUUGGGAUCACGAUGAUGAAAGUUCUGUUCUUGAAGCUGUGAGUAAAUUAAACGAAGUUCGUGGAGUACGUGGAUUAGGAAGAUUUUUCAAACAAGUAUGUCAAUCGGCAAGACAAAGUUCACAAGAUGAUUUUUUAGGCUGUGUAACAGUACCAUUAAGAGAUAUUCCGUGCACUGGCUUAGAUGCAUGGUUUAAAUUAGAAGCAAGAUCACAUCGAAGUACAGUGCAAGGACGAAUCCAUUUAAAAAUGUGGCUAUCAACACGUGAAGAUCGUGGAGCCUCAGAAGAAGAUAAUUGGGAGGAAAUGCUACAACAUGAACGACUUAUUCGAGUUUUUUUACGCCAUGAAGCUUUAACUAAUGGAGGAUAUGAUAUGACUUUACCUGCUAUGACAAUCUUACGACAACAUGCUGCUCAAGCAGAUUUAAGUGACUUACAGCGAGCAUCAGCCUUUUUGGCAGCACAUAUUAAUGCUGGAUCGCCUGCACCGGCACUAUUAGGUGCUUUAAGAGAAUUACACAGAGCGUGGGCUGUACCUCCUACUCCUACAGAUCCAAGUCUAUCUCGUGAACAACAACAAUGGAUAGCAGAUAUUUUUACAAAGAUGGUGGAUCGCUCAUUGCAACAAAUUCGAAGACAUCGACAGUUAUUUUGUGGUCCACAAGCAUCUGCUCUUGAACCACUUUUAAGAUGUUUAAGUACCUUAGCAUCGAUGCCAGCAUUUUCCAAAUGUUGCCCAUUCAAUAAGGAAAUUCGCAGUGAAAUUGUAAGUGCUAUUCGAAAAGGUACCAGUGAAUGGUUUGCAAAUUUACGUGCGGCCACCAGUCUACCGGGUGAGCCAGAACGCUCAAUAGUAUGUCUUUGUACAGCAUUACAUGUAGAACUAGAAGCCGGAUUAGAAAUAUAUCAUCCGUUAUUUGAAAGUAUCAAUGGAAUUAAUUAUUUCAAUAUGGUCUACAAAUUAACGGACAAACUAUUAGCAGAUGAAGUCUUAAAUUAUUUGGACCACCAUAGUGGCGAAUCAGCUGGAGGUCGAUGGGUACUAUUGGAACCAGAAUUGUCGGCAAUUACUGGAACAUUUGCAUUAUAUUUAGAGCUUCGAGACUUUGGUUGUCUUGCUACUCAAUUAGGAGCAAAUUUAGUGUCAAACACUGACAGUCACAGACAAUUACAAGUAGCCACACAUUGUCAUGAAUGGUUUGAACCGGCUGUGAAUCGAUGGAUAACAGCAAUUAAAUCUAGAGCCCUACAACGUAUUAGAAAUGCAUGGCGUAUAGAUCACAGACUUGUUAAACAUAGUACCACAGGAAUAGAUGUAGCUAGAUUAAUAGGUGCAUUGCGUGACUUUUGGAUGGUAUUACAAUGGCCGUUUAGUCCUAGUGCUGUUUCUUUAUUAUCAGUCUUGUUGGAUACGGUAUGCGCUUGUUGUUCGUUACAUGCUGAUAUGGCAAGACAGAAAUUAGAGGAUUCUGGAUAUUUCGCAAAAACUGGUCCAUUUGCAGUAAACGAUGAAAUGUGUAUAUGCAUAAAUGACAUGGAGUAUGUUUGUCAGUGUAUUAUGCAUGUCGAACAAUCGUUAGAUCCACAACUACUGGACAACUGUGAGAUGGGAAGAAGCUUAAUCGAAAGAUCUCAUUUAGCACUAGAAAGUAAAAUUGAUGAAGCUUUAAGUCGAUGUGGACCACAAAUGCAUGACGCAUUAAGAAAAGCAGCUUUUCAUUUAGCCUGGUCACCAGAUAGUCUACCAACAGCCCAAGCUAUUUCUCAAAUGUUGGAAUAUUUACAUUCUCAUUUAGCUACAUUAAAUAAGGCACUUUUACCAAGAAACUUCCAGCGAGCCUUAUUACAUGUUUGGGAAGCUGUGAUUUUAUCUUUAAGUGAACAGGCUGAUGCAGGAAGUGUUGCAUCUUCGGAAACACCAUCAGGAUUUUGGCCUCGAUUAUCAGAGGCUUUAGAUUUACUAGCAAAAUGGUGGGUAGGCUCACAUGUUUCAGGUGAAGAUAAUCAAAUUACUAGUUACAUAAAUAUUCGAACCAUGAACUUCAUGCGAUUAGAACAGCGACUAAGAUAUCAUCGAACAGAUACCGAAAGUUUAAUUGAAACUUUCCAUUGUCAGCGUUUACAAGAUCAAAUGAUUGCUCAACAACAACAAUCACCUGGACCAUAUGGUACUUUAUCUGUUCGAACAUACUUCAAUCACGAUUCAUUAUGUGUUGAGGUAUUACAUGCACGGGACAUAAUUCCUUUAGACCCAAAUGGAUUUAGUGAUCCAUUUGUAAUAAUUGAAUUACUACCAAAAAGAUUAUUUUCACGCUGCGCAGAACAACAAACUCACGUCCAUAAAAAGACAUUGAAUCCAAUGUUCGAUGAAUGUUUUGAAUUUUCUGUAACAUUAGAAUCUUGUCGCGAUCCAUCAGCGAUGUUAGCAUUUACAGUUAUGGAUCAUGAUGUACUAACAGCUAAUGAUUUUGCGGGUGAGGCAUUCUUGGCACUAAAUUCAAUACCAGGUGUAACCGAUGCAGGUUCCAGUGUUGAUAACUUCCACGGUUUAAAACAGAUUGAUCUGGUGUUAAUGCAACAAUACGACAAAAAUCAUCCAAUUUUACAAAUCCUGGAAACACGUCCUGGUGAUAAAGUUGCCGCUGAUUUCGUGAAGAAACAGAAAUUACGUUUAGCCACAAAUACCUAACACAUGUUUAAUUCUGAACAAUCCAUAAGUAAUAUAAACUAAAAAAAUU